GAGGAGGUUCUGUUGGGGUAAAGAUGGCGAACAGGACGGUAAAGGAUGCAAACAGCAUUCAUGGAACAAACCCGCAGUAUCUGGUGGAGAAAAUCAUCCGUACUCGCAUCUAUGAGUCGAAGUACUGGAAGGAGGAGUGCUUCGGGCUGACGGCUGAGCUGGUAGUGGAUAAAGCUAUGGAGCUCAAGUUUGUGGGCGGUGUUUUCGGAGGAAACAUUAAGCCAACGCCUUUCCUCUGCUUGGCCCUGAAGAUGCUCCAGAUCCAGCCAGAGAAGGACAUCAUCGUGGAGUUCAUAAAGAACGAGGAUUUCAAGUAUGUCCGCUUGCUUGGAGCCAUGUACAUGAGACUGACCGGCUCUUCAGUGGAUUGUUACAAGUACCUGGAGCCUCUGUACAAUGACUACAGGAAAAUCAAGAGCCAGAACCGGAAUGGAGAGUUUGAAUUGAUGCAUGUGGAUGAGUUCAUUGAUGAAUUGCUGCACAGCGAGCGAAUGUGUGACAUCAUUCUACCCAGGCUACAGAAGCGGCAGGUUCUGGAGGAGGCAGAGCUGCUGGAUACACGGGUCAGUGCUCUGGAAGAAGAUCUAGAUGAGGUGGAGACCAGCGAGGAGGAAGAGGAGGAGGAGAAGCCCGAGAGAGGGCAGUCCCAGGAGCCACACCGCAGGAGUUACCGGGACACGGAGCGGUCACGCAGGUCUCCCUCGCCGCGCUACAGACGCAGCCGCUCCCCUCGACGACGUAGCAGGUCACCUAAGAGACGCAGCCCUUCACCCCGUCGAGACAGACACCGCAGCAAGAGCCCUCGGCGCCACCGCAGCAGGUCCAGAGAGAGGCGGCACCGGUCCAAGUCACCAGGACACCACAGAAGCCACCGACACAGAAGCCACUCCAAGUCUCCAGAAAGAUCAAAGAAGAGUCACAAAAAGAGUCGCAGAGGAAACGAAUGAGGAUUUCACACAACUGGAUUUCUGGGUGUGGACCUGUUUUGUACAUACGGGACCUUUUGUUGAAAGUUAUUCCAGGAUUCUCUCUGUAUGAGGUGCUGCUGGUUUUUUUUUUUUUUUGUAUUAAUUUUAUUCCAGGUUUGACCAAUUCAGACUGAUAACUUCACAUUUUAAUAAGUCAGUUAUUUUUACCUUAAUGAAUUUGUAAUUUCCUCUCUAUAUUUACUUGCACAUAACAUCACUUAAUUUUUGGAAGUUGCUUUCCCCUGCACUUUCUACUUGAGUAAAGUUAGACACAUCUUAAUGCAGUAGAUCAGUUUCCGCAAGAUCUUUGUCUUGCUUAAUAUUGAACAAAGAACAUGCAUGGCAUAGAAAGAAACAGCACUGAAUAUUUAACAAAACUAGUCUGUAAUAUGUGACAACAGACAGAAUUUGUGUGAUGCAGCUGGCAUUCUUUUUUCCUUUUGAAGAGGGGAGGAUUAAAAUGCGGACAGCCUUCUUGAUUCAAUUCCCUGGGAUCUGUAGGAACUGCACCGAUUCUGCAGCAGAAUUCUUCAGUUUGCUUGGACUGGUAUAAUGAACCGGCCUCCAGCUACCACACAAAGCACACUGACCUGUCUUGGUGAUUGUAGACUAUUCCUGGAGCGUGUGUGGUUGUUUUGCAGUGUAACUUAGCAAGCACUAAGCUAAAACAAAACAAGCAAGUUGAUGUCUGACAGAAGCACAGCAGACCCUGGAUCGUUUUGCUUUUGCUGUUUUAAUUUUUUUUUUUUUUUUUUUUGUUUUGUGUUUUUUCAUUUGCUUUUUUUUUUUUUGGCACUACAUAAUUGAGUUAAAACAAAUGUCUACUCGAAGCCUUUUAAAAGCAAUGUAUGAAUACUGCUAAUACAAAAUAAAGAAAUUAACUUUAAAA